AUGCCUGCUCUUCGUGAUGAGGACAGCACCUUGGUGUUGUACACUUUUUCUGAUACUGAUCCGGAGUAUCUCCACAAUCUGGAGUACUUCAUUCAGUACGGACUUGGUGGCAAAGAUGUUGAAUACAUCUUCAUUGUACAGCAGACAAGGACUUCAAAAUCUUUGAGCUUGCCUGCUCUUCCUGAAAAUGCAAGAUACAUUGAGCAUGAAAAUGAAUGCUACGACUGGGGGACCAUAGGAUGGGCACUGCAAACAGGAAAAGUAGACCCACAGGGUUACAAAUUCUUGAUUCUCAUGAAUUCGUCGGUUCGUGGGCCUUUCCUGCCUUCCUAUCAUAGCGCCGAUAUUCACUGGACUAGAUUGUAUACGCAACGCAUAGAUCAGAACGUGAAGCUCGUUGGCAGCACCAUAAGUUGUCAGCCUAUAUACUGGAAUUCAGAUACUGCAAACGAGAUGCGGAGAAACCCACAUGUGCAGAGCUACAUAGUGGCAAUGGAUCAGGCAAGUCCUUCUUUUGAAAGAUAUGUUGGUCUGCACUUACUCCAAAGCGAACGCACGAUCUUCCAAUGCUAUAAAAGAUUGCAUGAUGUUGUUUGGUUCUCUGAAGUCGGGGCGAGCCGAGCCGUUCUCAAAGCAGGAUACAGCAUUGAUGCUCUCAUGAAUAAGUAUACAGGCGUUGAUUGGCGCAAUGAGACCAACUGGGACUGCAACGCUGGGCAAAACCCUUAUGACGAUUUUGCUUACGAUGGCUUGAUGAUAAACCCCCUUGAAGUCCUCUUUGUGAAGAUAAAGAGCUACCAAUUAGAGAGCAACUGGAUAACCUCGAAGAUGGCAAUAACAUACGAGAGAUGGCAUCGUGAUCAGGGACAUCAUGCAUCCAUGAAUCUCCAUGAGUUCGACAAGGGCAAAUUUUCAUAUUUUUUGAGCAAGGGUAUUGCUAUGAGCAUGAGAGGCAGCGAUUGCUUCGAUUUGGCAUACUACCAAAGAGCAAAUACCGACAUGCCGACUGUAAAUGCUACCUGGCAGCACUUUAUAUCCUAUGGCCAAUUUGAAGGCAGGCCUUUCAGGUUCACGUGCGCUGAGGAAUACUCUCGACCAUCCCCAAAUAUAAUCCAAAAAGCAGCCGAAAUUGCUCGGCACUCCAUGCACUCCUCCUUUCACUGGCAGUUGCUUGAACAGCAUUGAAUGCAGUGUCGUCGAUGUUAACGCUCAAAGUUGGGGAUGAUCAUAAUCACACGCAAGUCGCCCUCGCUUACUAAGUGCUCCCGGCUGGCGGGGGGCGGUACAAAUACUGAACACCGUGCCCACGGUUGAUUGGGUCUUGCUUGCCAAGCAUCCAAGAAUCCAGUGG